AUGGCUGCUGAGAAUAAUGUCCCUGCUUUUCCCUAUUCGUCGCCAGAUUGGUCGCGAGAUGAUCCCUCACACUCAGGCUUUCUCGUCCAUGGGAGCGAUACAACAGACGGAAAUAAAGCAUAUUUUAUUCAUCUCGAAGCAAAAGAGGGGAAAGAAGAGCUGGUGGCUCAGUUCCUACGAGACAUCAACACCGGCGUUAAUAAGGAACCCGGAACUGGGCCGUGGUUUGGGCUAAGAUACUCCAAGACAACCUUUCUCAUCUUUGAAGCAUUUCCGAAUUCGAAAGCCCGCCAAGCGCAUGACAUCGGACCUGGAGGACAAAAUUUUAAUCGUGCCGAAGUUCUGAGAGACAUGCUGGCGUAUCCGGCUAACAUUUACCGCCUCGAUGUUCUUCACGGGAAAUUUGGGACCAUGCUAGGAAAAGAAGUAGCGCCCAUUUCUUAA